GGGCAACUCUCAAUUUGAAAGCAUUACAAUCCCUACUUUCUAUCCAUCUAUCAUGUCUGAUUCGCCCAAUCCACCCAAUGGCAUUAUCGAAAUCUUGACCAUAAUCAUAGACGCGGCGACCCUGUCUAAAAAGGUUAUAGACACUAUACAGGAAGUCGUCCCUGGGGCAGGCGAUGAUCUCAAGGAAAAGUUCCACUGGAUCAACUGUUCCCUCAAGAAUGCUACCCAAUUCCACUACUCAGUUGUAGACACCUAUUUUGACUCAGGCCGCUACUGGAAAGCACCGGGAGGCGAUGGACCAUUUACUUCAACAACAUUCUCUUGCUGCAAUGGUGAUGGUGCCGUCACAGGCGUGACAGGGGGCACAGCGUUCACACUGUGGCUUGACUCUAAACAUUCAUUCGACUUCGCAGUGGGCUGGACGGACCCGAUCUUAGGGUCAAUGAAAGCUGGAGUCGUAGAAUCCGCUGUUGCCAAGGAUGGCUACAAUGCGGCAACCAGAGAAGGAGGGCAUAUUCAAUCCAAGAACCACUACAAGGGAAAGGACGAGAAAGGCGUCCCUACGGAGUUCUAUAUUCGGAUCUCAGCUUCACCGGGCAAGGACCCUAUGUCGUUUGUAGUGCAGCAGGUUCCGGUUGGUGAUGAGAAAAACGACGAGGACAGUACAGGGGGAGAAAUAAUGGCUGAGUAAUUGACCAAAUAUGAUGGUCAUUUCUUCUAGCUUCGACGGCAUAGUGCCUGUCCGCCGAGCUUCACGUGCAGGUCGACUCUCGUCUUCCAUGACCGAUGCGAGUGAGGCAACAAGAGAGUGUGUCACAGAAUUCUGGAACGGCAUUGCUCGCAGAAACUUGGAGUAUUAUAAUUACUGUACUUAUCGCUGUGGGCUUUGAUUAAAAUUUAGACAAGUUCAACGCUGGCCGCGAAC